AAUUCUAAUUUCUAAACCCUAACAUUGAGACAUCAUCACUCACACAUAGGUUCCUCACACUCUUCCCUUCACAUCAGCCUUGCAUCUCUCGCUGCCAGAAGCCCGCCACCGCCGUCCGCCGCGCACACUGCUCCUCCGUCGUCCUCCGACCGCGCCGGUACUUAUUAUGCCUUCGCGAAAGGCUCUUAUGCCUUCUCGAAAGGCUCUUGUUAUUGGGUUGAACUACCCGGCGAAGAAUUCACUGUAUAAGACUUGUUGGGAUGACACUGUUUUAGUGGAGAACUUCCUCAAAGACAAAUAUAAUUUUCCACCUGAGAAUAUUAGUAUUAUGAAGGAUGAUGGUGACGAGCCCUCGAGCUGGCCAACCGCCCAAAAAAUUAUAGACGCAUUAACGAAUCUGUGUGAUCAAUGCCGACCGGGUGAUACUGCGUUCCUAUAUUUUGCGGGUCUAACUCGUAAAGAUGAUGAUGGAAAGCAAGGCUUAGUUGGAAGUGACAAUGAGAUAGUUUCAGGCGAUUACAUGAAGACGAUAGCAAACGGGUUCGCUCGAAAAUGUAGACUGACAAUUGGUUUGGAUGCUUAUCGUGCUGAUAAAAUAUUUGAGGAUUUCUUUAUGGAGACCUUUGAUCGCGCCAAAGAUCCGCGUGGUGUUGUUCUUUUCACAUCAUGCCAAGAGGAUGCCUAUUCUGACUCGAUUGACAUUAAAUUGUCGAGAUUGAUUCACAAGUCUGGUGGUGGUAAGGUUACCAAUAAAGAGCUUAUUGAAAAAGUGAAAAAAUUGGUACAGGAGCUGCCGGAGCACAUGGGGCACGAGCAACAUGUUGAGAUGCACUGCACUUCCGGUCUAGAGGAUCUUCAAUUUUUGGCUUAAGGCAAUCCGAACAGGGCAACGGUGGGGAGCGGGGAGCGGGGAGCGCAUGUGUUUUUGAAGGAUGCUGAUUUCUAAUUGUUAAUCCCUUUUACAUUACCUUGUUAAUAUUAUUAGGUUAUGUCUGUUCUAGUAUUAUGAGAUUAUGAGAUAGUUGACUUUUAACGUAGUAUUAGUGUAAUAGUGUAUUUGUCAACAAUGUGAAGAGUUCUGGUCUUUGUCACACUCCCAUUCUAAUUGGUUACUUAUGAAUUUCAGUGUUUCAUUGUAAGAAGAUCUAAGCCUGAAUUCCACUCAAAAAAUGGCUGUAAAGUGACCUAUUUCCGAA